AUGGUCGGUCGUGACCGUGAAACGAAUAAGUUGCAAUUUAUUCGAAAUAUCCCAUUAGUUCGCCUUGCUGAGCUCAGUAUCGCGCGCAAGAUGGACCGCGAUCGCGGGAAUGUGGACGUGGAAAUCAAGAUAUAUGGGUACAGAUGGGUGCAAUUGUUCAUAUUUUGUUUGUUUACCGUGAUAAAUUUCAUGCAAUUUUUAGAAUUCACCAUCGUAGCUGAUAUAUUAACAAAAUACUACUCUGUCGAUUCAUCUUUAAUAGACUUAAGCGGAUUAGUAUUUUUCGCCGUUUACAUUAUACUAUUCCUCCCGAUCAGCUACCUCAUCGAAAGAUACAGUUUAAAAAUAACCGCCGUGGUGAGCACUUUCCUCACGCUCGCCGGCAACGUGGUCAAAAUAUUCAGCACCCAUCCCUCCAGGUUCUACCUGGUGCUCGUCGGACAAGCGCUAUGUGCAGUGGGGCAAGUUUACAUGAUCAGCAUACCCACCAAAUUCGCCUCGGUCUGGUUCGGCGCCAAUGAAGUCUCCACCGCCUGCGCUUUGGCCGUGCUGGGAACCCAAUUAGGGUCGGCAUUAGGGGCGAUUUUCCCGCCGUUUCUGGUCGGCGACGAUGACAACGAGGCAGUGGGAUUGGGCUUGUACAAUAUGACGAUUAUAUACGUAGUACCGAGCGCUAUCGUUCUAAUUACCGUCCUUCUAUUUUUCAAAGCGAGACCGAAAUUACCGCCGAGCAGAUCUCAAAUGCAUCUGCUGACCCAAUCCGAUGGACCGCAGGAAUCGUUUUUCAGCAUGUGCAAGGUGCUGAUGAAGAACAAGGACUAUUUGAUCAUACUGUUCGCCUUCGGCCUGACGAACGGUAUAUGGAACAGCUUCGGAAUCGUGGUGAAUACUUUGUACACGCAUUAUUUCCCCAAUGGUCAAACUGAUAUAGGGAUUAUAUCGUUGAUUGCAAUCAUUGCAGGUGGUUGCGCGGGGAACCUUAUGUGGGGCAUGAUGCUCGAUAGAACUCACCAAUUCAAAAAAAUCUCGCUCGGCGUCCUGGGAUUCGCCAUUGUGACCUACGUCGUGAUGGCCGCCUCCAUUUUGCUGCAACACAGGGUCAGCACGUUCAUCACAAUUCCCAUGUUCGGGUUUUUCGCGGCGAGCACGUUGGUCGUGAGCUACGAAUACGCCUUGGAGGUGACGUACCCGAUUCCGGAAUCGGUGAGCUGUUCCAUUCUGAACGCCGUUAUAUUUUUCUUCGCCAUAGCGGCUACGCUGGUCAUCGAGGGCCUCAUCGGCACGCUGGGCUACAUUGCUGCGCACGCGUUCGCGUUGCUGUCGUUCGUAUUCUGUUUCUUUUGCGUCACGUUCGUCUCGUCGAACUUGAAACGGAGGGCGGCGAACGUGACGAUAACGGACAAAACUCGCGUGUGA